AUGGCGAAGCUCAACACUCACACACCUGAGAGCGAGUGGCAGAAGGUCCUCAGCAAGGAGGAGUACUACGUCCUCCGCCAGAAGGGCACCGAGCGCCCGGGCACGGGCAAGUUCAACAAGCACUCCGAGCCCGGGACGUACAACUGCAAGGGGUGCGGGACGGCGCUGUACACGUCGGAGAUGAAGUUUGACUCGGGGUGCGGGUGGCCGGCGUUCUGGGACGAGAUCCCGGGCGCCAUCGACCGCCACCCUUGCCCUGGGAAGAAGCACGUGGAGAUCACAUGCAAGAACUGCGGGGGACACCUCGGCCACGUGUUCAGCAAGAGGCAGCUCCACGGCGCGCCGCAGCCCAAGGAGCGCCACUGCGUGAACUCGGUGUCGCUGGACUUUGUCCCCAAGGAGUGA